AUGUCCGCGCAGCAAUACUACAACCAGCCCACCCAGCACGGCGGCUACCCACCCCAGGGUGGCUACCAGGGCGGCUACCAGCAACAAGGCGGCUACUACCCCCAGCAGCCACAACCAGUGUACGGCUCCCAGGGCUACGGCUACCAGCAACAGCAGGCCCCGCCCAUGCAAUACCAGCAGCCUCCGCCCCAGCAGCAAUACUACCAACAGGCGCCGCCUCCGCGACGAAGCGGUGGGGGCCAGAAGGGCUGCUUUGAGGCUUGCAUUGCCACUCUCUGCUGCUGCUUUGUCUGCGAAGAAGGCUGCGAGUGCUGUGCGGAUUGCUUCGAGUGUGCCGAGGGAUGCUGCUAG